AUGCCCCACUACAACACUCCUCCUCCUACAACAAUCCUCACAAUCAUCCACACACAACCCCCUUCAACCUCCUACCCAGCGACUUCCGCCACAAACCUCCACCUGCUAUUUUCUGUCCACAACCCUUCGUCCACAACCUUCAAUCAGCAGCCUUUCUCUUACAACUUUCCCCUUACACCCUUAUACCCACAACCCUCCGUCCACAGUUGCCCAUCGAACAACCCUCCACCUACAACCAUCCAUCCAGAGACAUAUACCUUCAACUUUCCAUCCACAGUCCUCCACCUACAACCAUCCAUCCACAACCUCCACCAACAGCCUUCCAUCUACAGCCAUCCUCCAACAACCAUCCAUCCACAACCUCCACCCACAGCUUUUCAUCUACAAUCAUGGGAUUACAACCCUCAUCCUACAACCAUCCAUCCACAAACUCCACCCACAGCCUUUCAUUUACAAUCAUCUGACUACAACCCUCCUCCUACAACCAUCCAUCCACCCAACCUAAACCACAACCUUACAUCUACAAUAUUUACUGAAACCAUCCAUCUACAACCUCCAUCCACAACCCUCCAUCUACAAUCAUCCUCCUACAACCAUCAAUCCACAACCUCCACCCCCAGCCUUUCAUCUACAGUCAUCCAACUACAACCCUCCUCCUACAACCUUCUACAUAACAACCAUCCAUCAACAGUGUUUCACCUGCAGCUUUAUACCCACAACCAUUGA